CAGUGACCGUUUUGGUUUGAGAGGAACUAAGACUACAGCAGCUUUUCAUUUCAACACAUCAUCUGCACCAACACAAGCAGAGCUACAGGAUAAGACAUGGCUCGUCCUCUCAGGCUGUGUGCGGGAGCAGCAGUGGCCGUAAGCAUUCUGCUGUGUGGAGUGGCACCGUCUGUGGCAGACACAUGCAGUAGCUCGCGCGGGUUUCCAGGUGUGCCGGGCAUCCCUGGGACUCAUGGAAGUCCUGGAAAAGACGGACUGAAGGGAGAGAAGGGAGAUCCUGGGGAGAGUGGCCACUGGUUGAGAGGUCCGAAGGGCGACAUGGGCCCACCGGGACCACCAGGAAGACCGGGCGUGCAGGGGGAUCGGGGGGUGCAGGGCCUACCGGGCCCCGAGGGGCGCAAGGGGGAGAAGGGGAGCGCCACAAGCAGCAGUGUGCCCUUCUUCUCCCGCAAGAAUCCGCCCGUGUCCAGAUCUCCCGGGAACACCCCCGUCCGCUUUGCGUCGACCUACGUCGUCUCAGAUGACCCCCUGACCCCGGAACAGACGGGAGAGGAACUGGACGACGGUGUGUUUACGUGCAAAAGGAAAGGGCUGUACUACUUCACCUAUCACGUGACCUCUCAAACGCUCAUCUGCCUCAACAUCAUGAAGAGGCCAAACGGGCAGGAAGACUGGGAGGCCGUGUUGGAGUUGUGUGAUUCCUCGCAAGGCUAUCUGGUAACCUCAGGGUCUGUGCUUCUGGAAAUGAAUAAGAAUGAUGCGGUCUCUUUACAGCCAACUGACACUUACAAAAUAGAUGGCAAGUCUUCUGCAGAGAGCACCUUUUCAGGCUUUCUGAUUUCCUAAACCAGCUAAAGUGUACGGUUAGAAACAAACCAGAAAAUGAAUUGUAUUCUCACAAAUGAUCUGCUCAGAUUUCUAUUCACCCUUUGAUAUGUUAGGAGGCGGUAUGUCAUGGAAGCUUUAAGCAUGAUGAAAUUCAAAUGUAUUUAGAUGGUUUUCCAAUAUCUCAAUGUAAUGAACGUCUUGCAAUAAAUCAUUCAUAUAAGCACUUA